CCACCUCCGAUGGUUCACGUGAUGGGAUGAGCGUGUGCAGCUGUGUGUGAGGUCCGUGCCGAAGAUGGCGGACGAAGUCGGGAGCAGCGGGAAGCGGCUCGGCUCGGGCUCGGACUCUGAGGCGCCCACACCCACUGAGCCAAGCCGGGGCCCGCGGCUGGUCAAGAUCAUCAAGUCGGAGACGGGCUACGGCUUCAACGUGCGGGGCCAGGUGAGCGAAGGCGGGCAGCUGAGAAGCAUCAACGGCGAGCUGUACGCACCGCUCCAGCACGUCAGCGCCGUGUUACAGGGCGGCGCGGCCGAGAGAGCCGGCGUCCGCAAAGGAGACCGCAUUCUGGAAGUAAAUGGAGUUAACGUUGAGGGAGCAACACACAAGCAGGUUGUGGACCUGAUUCGGGCAGGAGAUCGGGAGCUGAUCCUGACAGUGCUGUCAGUUCCACAGCAAGAAGCUGAUCGCCUUGAUCCUGGCGACGACUCCUCCGGGAGCAUCUAUUACGACUACAGUGAGAAGCGGGCAGUUCCAAUCUCCAUCCCCAGCUACAAACAUGUUGAGCGGAAUGGGGAGAAGUUUGUGGUGUUCAACAUUUACAUGGCUGGGCGACAGCUCUGCUCUCGGCGCUUCCGUGAGUUCACAAUCCUUCACCAGAAUUUGAAGCGGGAGUUUUCAGACUUCCAUUUCCCGAAACUCCCAAGAAAAUGGCCGUUUUCACUCUCAGAGCAGCAGCUGGAUGCUAGGCGGCGAGGCCUGGAAGAGUAUUUGGAGAAAGUAUGCUCAGUCAGUGUUCUUGGGGAGAGCGACGUGAUGCAAGAGUUCCUGGCUGAUUCCAGUGAGAGCACAAACGGGCUGUCUGAUGUGGACCUGAGGAUAGCAUUGCCUGACAGGAGCAUCAUCACCGUCACUGUCAAAAAAAACAGCACAGCAGAUGAAGUUUACAGGGCUGUACAGGAACACCUACAAAUGGAUAGUAUCACAGCAAGUUUCUUCACCCUGUUUGAAGUAGUGGAUCACUUCUUCGAGAGGAAGCUGGUUCCCAAUGAGUUUCCACAUAAACUGUACGUACAGAACUACACGUCGGCAGCAGCCGGGACCUGUCUGGUUAUCAGGAAGUGGCUCUUCACCAUGGCCCAGGAAGAAGUUCUGAAUGACAAUGAUCUCGCCGUAACCUACUUCUUCCAUCAGGCAGUGGAGGAUGUGAAGAAAGGCCGAAUUCGAGUUGGUGAUAAAUCGUAUCAGCUUCAGAAACUGUCCGAACAGCACAAGAAAGUCAUGUAUUUGAACAUGGUUCGGACCUGUGAAGGUUACAGCCAGAUAGUCUUCCCCCAUUGUCGCUGUGACUCUCGAAGGAAGGGGCACGUCAUGGCAGCCAUUAGCAUUCAGCACUUUAAACUGCAUGCUUGCACUGAGGAUGGACAGCUGGAGAACCAGGUGAUUGUAUUUGACUGGGCCGAGAUGCACCAGUGGGACACAGAUGAAGAGGGAAUGGCGUUCUGCUUUGAGUACAUCCGCGGGGAAAAGAAACCACGCUGGGUGAAGAUUUUCACUCCAUAUUUUAACUACAUGCACGAGUGUUUCGAACGGGUUUUGUGUGAGCUGAGGUGGAGGAAAGAGAUGGAAGAAGCUGGCCAUGAUGAAAAUAACAGGAACAGCUCCAGUGGCAUGAACAUCUUUCACGCAGCAGCAGCGAGAGGUAAUCGAGGCUUGCUGUCCUGAUGGGAGACCUCUUUCUCUGUAGCAUCUCAGCACCUUAGCAUGAAACCGAAGCAAUUGGACCUUGGACAUUGGGAGAUGGGGAGGCAUGCAACAGCCCAAACCUUUCCUCAAUGCAGCUGUGACAUCAAAACAAUCUUCGAGUAGUCCAUUCCUCAUUUCAUCCCAUCCUUCACUGUUAUAAAGUUGCCACUCAUAGCCACAUCUGCAAGUGAUCAAAGAGUGACGUGUUCAUUGACUGCAGGACGCUGCGGUGUAAACUCCCGAACCAGGGAGCAGCUGUAGCAUUUGGCCAACAGUGUACCCGAUGGCCGUGUUUGCCAGUUCCGAUUUGUUAGCCUGGGACCAGUGGGUCAAGGGGCGAACACUAAGUCAUCCAGAAUCCAUCUCCAACCUAAUCAAAAUGUCAACAGUGUUAGCUACUGGAUAAUUGCUGAGUAUUAGCAGCAGGAUCCCUUGAUUGUUUAGAGAGCUUCAGUCUCCAAAUGACUGGAUAAAUGCUCGGAGCAUGCCUUUAUUAACUGGAUCCAAGCAUCAAUUCACGUUGACCAUUUCUUAAUGCAGGAAUAUCAGGUUUCAGAGUGGAUUUUCCUUUUCAGCACCAGAUUUUGGAGUAAUCUACAGCCUGUCUCUGGAUAAUAUCCUGCAUGCAAGAUAUACAAUGUUGCAUUUCAGUAAAUUGCAAUGGGGGGCAAAAUGAGAGGGGUUGGGGGAAGAGGCCUUUUUCCUUAAACUGUACAAAAUAGUAAGUUUUUUUUUGUAUUGAAAACCAGGAAAGAUGUUUUGUAUAUUGAACUGUUGUGCCCUGCCAAGGGAGUGAACUCUCCCAUUCAGAAAAGUGUUUCAUUUAGAGUCUUCUGCUGGGAGUAAGUACAGUGGCAUCCAGUGACUUGUUGGUAGUGAUCACUCCAAGCUGCCAUGGAAAUGUUGAGACGUGUUAUGAUAAUGAAAAGAAUGGACAGAGGGGGAGAAACGUUCAGUAGGAGAACGGAUUUGUCUUUAACCCAUUUUGCAUCCACAAAACUUUUCUUCCCUUUGGGAAGGAAUAAGACGGAUUGAAACCCAUCACUACAAGUUCUUGAACACUUGGCUGGAAAACAGCCUGUAUGUUAUACAGUAAAUGAAAGUACUUCCAGUGCUUUUUGUUGCAUAUUGUUUCUGAAACAAGCAGUUACUUAACCUCAACAUGCUGCUUAACAACACAGCUAUUCAGACUCUGUGUGUAUAGGUUAGUCAGUCGCCAGUUGUCAGUGGAGAAUGUGCAGUUUGUGUUCCUCACCGACAGUAAUGUUAGUCUCCCUGAGUUCGCCUCCUUUAGGAAGUUGGGAGCAAGGAACCAGUUGGUGUGACUGCCAGUUCCCUUUCCCUUUUCCUGUAUCGGGACAUUCACCAGGUUCAUCUGGGUUAGAAUGUAGAAACUCAGUGGGGAGAAAAAGAGACUGAUUCUGUGAUAUUUUAAGGCUUUCAGUCAUCGUGACCUCUUCUACACAGUGUAGUCUUUGUAUCAUUGAAGGACUGAUGGAUCAGUUUAAAGUCAAACUUCCUGACAGUCCGAGUGACAGGAUUGAUGGUGGAAAUAUUGCAUGAGGAUCUAACAGUCCUACCUAGUAAGGGAGAGACUGCGUGUUGUGUUUGGUUUUGAGCCAGUAAGGGCCAAAAAAUACAAGGCCACACAACUGUUUGCCACAGGUUGACUGUUGGGGGGAAGCAAUUGUUUUUGUAAAAAAAAAUUCUAGUCUUCUCAAAAUUACCAUGUAAUUUCUUGAAAGCAUCAGUGUUAAAGCUGCAAUGUAAUUAUUUAUAGAUCCAUAAUUAAAGGUGGCGACUGGUUUAUGUAA